GGUCUUGGUCUUCGUCCGGGAGCUGCGAGGCUGCAGGGCUGGUGCUGCAGUAUCCUGCGCCACCGCCACUUAGCCGUGCUCGGAGCCCGGCCGAGGAAGCUGCAGUCGCAGCCAGGAGCCCGCAGCCCGCGUCUCGAGCCCACCGCCGCCCUCCGAGGGCGCCCCAGACCGCGCCAUGGUGAAGGUGACGUUCAACUCGGCUCUGGCCCAGAAGGAGGCCAAGAAGGGCGAGCCCAAGAGCAGCGAGGAGGCGCUCAUCAUCCCCCACAACGCGGUCGCCGUGGACUGCAAGGACCCAGAUGAAGUGGUACCAGUUGGCCAAAGAAGAGCCUGGUGUUGGUGCAUGUGCUUUGGACUAGCAUUUAUGCUUGCAGGUGUCAUUCUAGGAGGAGCAUACCUGUACAAAUACUUUGCACUUCAACCAGAUGACGUCUACUACUGUGGAAUAAAGUACAUCAAAGAUGAUGUCAUCUUAAAUGAGCCUUCUGCAGAUGCCCCAGCUGCUCGCUACCAGACCAUUGAGGAAAAUAUUAAGAUCUUUGAGGAAGAUGAGGUUGAAUUCAUCAGCGUGCCUAUCCCAGAGUUUGCAGACAGUGAUCCUGCCAACAUUGUUCAUGAUUUUAACAAGAAAUUCACAGCCUAUUUAGAUCUUAAACUGGAUAAAUGCUAUGUGAUUCCUCUGAACACUUCCAUUGUUAUGCCACCCAGGAACCUAUUGGAGUUACUUAUUAACAUAAAGGCUGGGACAUAUUUGCCUCAGUCAUAUCUGAUUCAUGAACACAUGGUCAUCACUGAUCGCAUUGAAAACAUUGAUCACCUGGGUUUCUAUAUUUAUCGACUGUGCCAUGACAAGGAAACUUACAAACUGCAACGCAGAGAAACCAUUAAAGGUAUUCAGAAACGCGAAGUCAGCAAUUGUGCUAUGAUUCGGCAUUUUGAAAACAAAUUUGCUGUGGAAACUUUAAUUUGUUCUUGAACAGUCAAGAAAAACAUUAUGGAGAAAAAUUUAACACCACAGCAUAACCCCACCCUUUGUAUUUUGUGCAGUGAUUAUUUUUUAAAAUCUUCUUUCAUGUAAGUAGAACACAGGGCUUCACUGUUUUUCAUCUCAUUAACUCAAUUAAAACCAUUAUCUUUAAAAAAAAAUCUUUUUUUCUUUCCAGGUGUGGUGUCUUUUAUCUUGAAUUAGUAGUUGUAUGAAGUCAUAAGUAAUAGUACACUUCACCGUAGAUCUUAGGAAGAGUUUAAAUUUCAUUAAUUCAUUUAUCCAGAUUUUUAUGUUUUAAUUAUGCAUUUUCAAGAGGAGGGGUUAUCUAAUAAUCAUAUAUAUGCAUACGUAAAAAUGGACCACAGUGACUUAUUUGUAGUUGUUGCCCUGCAACUUAGUUUGUUAGAGCAUUUGAGCACACAUUUUAAUUUUCCUCUAAUUAAAAUGUGUAGUAUUUUCAGUGUCAUAUUUAACUAUUUAGAGUAUGAUUUCCACCUUGAUGUUUUAAUAUCCUAGGUAUCUGGUAUAAUAAUAUUUUAGAAAAUGUUUGGAAUUUAAGAAAUAACUUGUAUUACUAAUUUGUAUAAUCUAUACCUGUGCAAUGGAAUAUAAAUAUCACAAAGUUGUUUGACUAAAGGACUGUGUGUUGUUUUUCCCAUCUAAUAAAACCAAAGAGUAAUUUGGUUCUUCAUAUCUUGAGAUAAUCCAUGUUAAAGAAGAAACUAUUUCUUAAAAAUCCAGUUCUCUGUAUACAGUGGGUAAAGUCAAAGUUUUUUUAAAAAAUAAAAAACUUUUAAAGUAACUACAUUCUUCAUGGAUGCUAUUAAAGUAACAUCUAAGACUCAACCUUGAAAGAUGCUGUUUAAACAUUGUAGAAUAAUGCUUUUGUAUUUAAUGGAAGGGCUGUCAUUAAACCUGAACUUUCCAAGGAA